UUUCAGAGACACCAUUUAUGUUUCAAUCUUGCAGAUUCUUCAAAUCACUCCUCUUCUCCAUCUCUACCAUUUUCGAUUACAAUUUUCAAAACCCAAAAGGGUAACAGUUACACUCUAGAUCUCACUCACUCGCUCGCUCGCGUCGAUUUGAAAAGCGAUUUCUCCAUUUCACAUCAACAACAGAUCUACAGAUCGUAUUGAAUGUGUAAUGGAGUUGAAUCGGAUAUACGAUGUUGAACGAUCGAUCAGUGAGAGAGAAACAAGGAGUGAUCUAUGGCCGCUUCCUGAGAUUGAUUCCAAAAAAUCUAAAUUCCCUUGUUGUUUAGUAUGGACGCCUCUUCCAGUCGUCUCUUGGUUAGCGCCUUUCAUUGGCCAUGUUGGUAUAUGCAGGGAAGAUGGAACUAUUCUUGAUUUUUCCGGAUCUAACUUUGUUAAUGUUGAUGAUUUUGCUUUUGGUGCUGUUGCUAGAUAUCUUCUUCUUGAUCGGGAUCAGUGUUGUUUUCCUCCAAACCUAUCGGAGCACACGUGCAAGCAAAGAUAUAAACACUCAGAGUAUGGAACCGCAAUGACAUGGGACGAGGGGUUACAAUCAAGCGCAUCGCAAUUUGAGAACAAAACAUACAACCUCUUCACGUGCAACUGCCACUCGUUUGUUGCGAAUUGCUUGAACCGUGUUAGUUACAAUGGGUCGAUGGAUUGGAACAUGGUAAAUGUGGCUGUCCUUGUUAUGAUAAAGGGUAAGUGGGCUAGUGUAUUUGCUAUUGUAAAAUCAUUUUUACCUUUCAUUAUGGUAAUGUGUUUUGGUAUAUAUAUGGUUGGAUGGCCUUUUGUGGUUGGAUUGCUUUCAUUCUCUUUACUACUUCUUGGAUGGUUUCUUUUGGGAACUUAUUGUAUUAAAAGCCUCUUUGAAUGCUAACUAUUGGGUUUCCUUAUCUCGAUGUAUAUUGAGAUGAGAAACUUUCAAUAUGUUUUCGUAUUUGUGUCUAGUU